CAGAUUCGAGCACUGAAUUGUUAUUGCGCAUUUAAAGAGGAAUUAAACAUGGGAAAACCAGUCUCUGUGUUUUACUGGUUUCUGCUCACAUUGGGACUUGUUGCGGCUCAAGCAGAGACUGCGGGGCGAGCUUUGCCCAAUUGGCUGACGGGAAUCAUCGCGGUCGCCGUGUUCCUCUUUCUCGUCUUCAUCUCCUUCCUUGUAAACAAAGCCUGGUGUAACAACCCAAGCCAACCAGAAGCAGUCAUACCGAAUGCAUACGCCAUGACUAAUGGAUCAUCAAUCCAUGAAACCAGUCUUGACGCAGUCAGGAGCGGUGAUGGUCCUAACACGUAUGAGAAUGUAAUCGUUCACCAGACUGAAGAAAAAGUCACUGCAAUGUAAUUUCAAGGAAAUGUCAGUGUCAGCACAAUGCUAAACUUAAUUCUGUUGUAAACGGUUAUAAUUUUAAUAGCCGACACAGCUUUUCUUUUUGUACCAAAGGUGAUUUUUGUUGAUUUACAAAUCGACUAAACACUAACUUAUUAAUUCUAGAGGGCGUCAGUUUUUGUAGCAGUUUCAAUCGUGCAAAUAUCAGAAAAAAACUCUUUUAGUAAUAAAUCAUUAUACUCUACCCUUCUUUUUUUUUUGAAAAAGACUAACAGUGAAAAUGGUUUAAUUUAAUGGUAAAUCAAUUUACAAUAAACUGUUAGAGACCCAUUUAUAUAUGAAAUGGUUCUCUAAUUUAGAUCUCCUAAAGCUGCAUGCACUGUUAACAAUUUAUUGUAGAAUCUAGAGUAACUUACUGUAAAUCAGUUACAGCAAAAAUAAUUUAUUUACAGCUCUAUUUAUCUUGCUGUAUAUGUAUUUACAGAAUAUGUCGAUCCAGUGUUAGGGGUAAUGCAUUAUAAGAAACAUUAAUGCAUUGCUUAAAAAUAUAAGUAAUAAUAUAGGAGUUACUUUUUUAAAAAUGUUAAAAUUUACUGUUUAGUUUAAUUGAUUAGCUUUUAAAAAAUAAAUUGCUGAAUUAAAAUUAAUGUACUGUGGUCAUGUUGAACCACACACUCAUUAAGAGAAUUAGUUUAUUAUUUUUAACGCAUCAAAGAAAAGAUAAAGGGGAUUGUCUCAAUGGACAGUGAUUUUGCAUAAAACAAAAAGUACAGAAAGUAGCAAACACAUUGCUAAACUAGGUGAAGGUGUAGUUUAUACAGUGUGUAUAUAAAUACAGAGCUCCUCUUAAAAAGUUCUGAAAGAAAUUAAGCCUCAGCAAAGGUAAUGAAAAGUAACACAAAAGUAUUGGAAUACAUAACCAUAAAAAGCAACUAAAACACGCAAAAAACGCAACUAGUUACUUUUUUUGGGACUAACUCAGUACUGUAAUGCAUUACUUUUCCAAAGUAACUUAGCUUAGUAACUCAAGUAACUUAAUUUUUCAAAAGUAAAAAACUCAUCUCGUCUCAUUUUCAUCCGCUUUUCCGGAGCCGGGUCGCGGGGGCAGCAGUCUUAGGAGAGAACCCCAGACUUCACUUUCCUCAGAAACUUUCUUCAGCUUCUCCGGGGAGAUCCUGAGGCAUUUCCAGGCCAGCCGAGAAGCAUAGUCCCUCCAGCGUGUCCUGGGUUUUCUCUGAGGCCUCCUUCCAGUGGGACAUGCCUAGAACACCUCCCUAGGUAGGGGUCCAGGAGGCAUCCAAAACAGAUGCCCCAACCACCUCAGCUGACUUCUCUUGAUGUGGAGAAGCAGCGGCUCUACUCCAAGCUUCCCCUCUCCUAUAAGGUACCCCUGCCAUGUUGCAAAAGAAACUCAUUUCGGCCGCUUGUAUCCGAGACCCAAAGCUCAUGACCAUAGGUGAGAGUAGGAACUUAAUUUAUCGGUAAAUCGUGAACUUUGCCUUUCAGCUCAGCUCCUUCUUUACCACAAUGGAGCGGUACAUCGACCUCAUUACUGCUGCACCAAUCCGCCUGUCAAUCUCACGUUCCAUCUUUCCCUCACUUGUGAACAAAACCCCAAGAUAUUUGAACUCCUCCACCUGGGGUAAGAAAGGACUUUCCAUCAAUCUGAAGAUGGCAAACCACAUUUUUCUGGCGGAGCACCAUGGCUUCGGACUUGGAGGCGCUGAUUCUCAUCCGCGCCAGUGCAUGCUGAAGGUCCAUGUUCGAUGAAGCCAAAAGAACAACAUUAUCUGUGAAUAACAGAAAUGAGAUCCUGUGGUCCCCGAACCACAGAAUUGGGGACUCCCUGCCGGAGUCUAACAUGCACUAUAAACGAGUCUAACUUAUUGCCGGCAAUGCGAACGAAAUUCCUAUUCUGUUCAUACAGGGAAGAGACAACCCUUAACAGAACGCCUUUGACCUCAUACUCAGAGCACCCUCCACAGAAUGCCACGAGGGACAAGGUCAAAUGCCUUCUCCAAGUUUUUUUUUUUUUUCAAUUCACUUUUAUAUCUAAAGCGCUUUUACAAUGUAGAUUGUGUCAAAGCAGCUUCACAUAAAAGAUCAUAGGAAAUUGGAACAGUGUAGUUCAGCUUUUUUAGUGAUUAAGUUCAGUUCAGUUCAGUGUAGUUUAAUAACCACUACUGAGGGUUAUGCACUGGAGAGCAAAUCCAUCGAUGCAUAGCUCUACAGAUCCCAAACCUUGCAAGCUAGUGGCGACAGCAGAGAGGGGGAAAAAAACUUCACAAAUUGGCGAAAGUGAAGUCCACAAAACACAAGUGGACUGGCUGGUCAUACUCCCAUGAUUCCUCGAGGAUCCUGGGGAGGGUAAAGAGCUGGUCCAGUGUACCACGGCCUGGACGAAAACCCGCAUUGUUCCUCCUGGGUCCCAGGUUCAACCUUCGGCCGGAUCCUUCUCUCCAAUACCUUGCCAUUUCCCAGGGAGGCUAAGGAGUGUGAUCCCUAGUUAGAGCACACCCACCGGCCCCCCUUCUUAAAAAUAGGAACCACCACCCCAGUUGCCCAGUCCAGCGGUACUGUUGCCGACUUCCAUGCGAUACUGUAGAUACGUGUAAGCCAAGACAGCCCCAUAAUACCCAGAGACCUAAGAUACACAGGGUGAAUCCCAUCCACUCCUACUGCUUUGUCACUGCGUAGCUUGCAAACUACCUCAGUGACCUCAGCAUGGGUGAUGGGUGAGUCCACCCCUGCAUCUCCAGUCUCUGCUUCCUCAAUGAAAGACAUAUUAGUGGGAUUGAGGAGAUUCUCAAAGUAUUCCUUUCACCAUCCGACAGCAUCCUCAGUCGAGGUUAACAGCUCCCCACUUCCACCGUUUUCACAAUGCAGCUUUAAAAUACAGUAACAUACUGCAUACCUGCCCUACAGUAAAAUACAGCUCAUAUUACAGUUCAUUUACAAACAUCGUUAAUAUUGUAUAUUUGAUCUAUAACUGCACUUUUAUUCAUGUGAAAACACUAUUUUAGUCGAUGAAUCAAAUAAAUGCCAAUUAGCUGCUCAAUAAAUAUUUCGGGACGUGAUCAAACACUCAACAAAAUAUUUUCGCCGUUUGUUCAAACUACUAAUUUAAAUUGAGCUAAAUCAACAAUCCUUGAGUAGUUUUAAGAAACCUAAUUGGUUUAUCUUCAAUCCACUUAAAUUUGUGAAAAUGAUUCAUUUGUGUUGGGAGAACAUGAAGGAAUUGUGUGGAAGCCAACAUUUUUUACAGUGAAGAUCAAUGACGUACAUUUGUUAUACGUAAUUGUUAUAUGUAAUAUGUCUAUAAUAAUGUUUUAAUAAUAAUUUAAUUAAAAAUGAACUAAAUGAUUACAUUAUUUAAAAAAAAAACAAAUAAAGAGAAAUGGGUAAAGUGAAUGUAUUUUGCGCACUAAAAUAAAUAAAUAAAAAUACUUCUCAAACAUUAGAAUUAUACAGAACCCAAAAGACACUUAAAAUGAAAAUAACUUUAUUUUUCUGACACUUUAGAUAAAUUCUACUCAUCCAAAAUGAAGCCACAGAGCAUAAUGACCAGUUGUUUGUGUUGUAAAUGUUAAUAAAUCUACUUUGUGAAAGCA